AUGGGGAAAAGGCUUGCAGAAAGCAAGAGCUGUAGAGGCUUGGUAGCCUCCACUCAUAUUUCAAAGGAUGAAAAGCCUGGAGGCCCAGCGGGAGCUGGGAGGGAGGCCAGCGAGGAGGCCGGCGAGGAGGCCGCACGUGAGGCCGGCGAGGAGGCCGGCGAGGAGGCCGUGGGGAGCCGCCGCCACCGCUGCAGUCCGAGGUCUCUCUGGAUGGAGCCUGCCUUUUGCUGGCGGAGAAGAUUGUACUGUACCCGCCAAGAAAGAGAUGUGCUGCAGCACAGAAAAGGAACCAAUAUUUCAGAAACAAUCUUAACGGGAGCAGCUGCCUCUACAUUAAUAUCUUCCCAAAGUGAUCCCAAAGUUAUCAUCGUGGGAUCUGGUGUACUUGGCUCUGCUUUGGCAGCGGUGCUUUCCAGAGAUGGAAGAAAGGUGACCGUGAUUGAGAGAGAUUUAAAAGAGCCUGACAGGAUAGUUGGAGAAUUUCUGCAGCCAGGUGGCUAUCAAGUUCUUAAAGACCUUGGUCUUGGAGAUACAGUGGAAGGUUUUGAUGCCCAGGUUGUACAUGGCUACAUGAUUCACGAUCAGGAAAGCAAGCCAGAGGUUCAGAUUCCUUACCCUCUGUCAGAAAACAAUCAAAUGCAGAGUGGAAGAGUUUUCCAUCAUGGAAGAUUCAUCAUGAGUCUCCAGAAAGCAGCCAUGGCAGAGCCCAAUGUAACGUUUAUUUAAGGUGUUGUGCUACAGUUAUUAGAAGAAGACGAUGCUGUGAUAGGAGUUCAGUACAGGGAUAAAGAGACUGGAGAUAUUAAGGAACUCCAUGCUCCCUUGACUGUUGUUACAGAUGGGCUUUUCUCCAAAUUCAGGAAACACCUGGUCUCCAAUAAGGUUUCUGUUUCAUCUAAUUUUGUUGGCUUACUUAUGAAGAAUGCACCACAGUUUAAAGUAAACCAUGCUGAACUUAUUUUAGCUAAUCCAAGUCCAGUUCUCAUCUACCAGAUUUCAUCCAGUGAAACUUGAGUACUUGUUGAUGUUCGAGGAGAAAUGCCAAGUAAUUUAAGAGAAUACAUGGUUGAAAAAAUUUACCCACAAAUACCUGAUCACUUGAAAGAACCAUUUCUAGAAGCCACUGAGAAUUCUCGUUUGAGGGCCAUGCCAGCAAGCUUCCUUCCUCCUUCACAAGUGAACAAACGAGAUGUCCUUCUUUUGGGAGAUGCAUAUAACAUGAGGUAUCCUCUUACUGGUGCAGGAAUGACUGUUGCUUUUAAAGACGUAAAACUGUGGAGAAAACUGCUAAAGGGUAUCCCUGACCUUUAUGAUGAUGCAGCUAUUUUCCAGGCCAAAAAAUCAUUCUAUUGGACAAGAAAAACAUCUCAUUCUUUUGUUGUGAACAUCCUUGCUCAGGCUCUUUAUGAAUUAUUUUCUUGCACAGAUGAUUCCCUGCAUCAGCUAAGAAAAGCCUGUUUUCUUUAUUUCAAAUUUGAUGGAGAAUGUGUUGCUGGUCCUGUUGGGCUGCUUUCUGUAUUAUCUCCUAACCCUGUGGUUUUAACUGGACACUUCUUUGCUGUUGCAGUCUAUGCCAUAUAUUUUUGCUUUAAAUCGGAACCUUGGAUUACAAAACCCCGAGCCUUUCUCCGUAGUGGUGCUGUAUUGUACAAAGCGUGUCCUGUAAUAUUUCCUUUGAUUGACUCAGAAAUGAAGUGUAUGGUUCAUUAA